AACACAACGGAACACAUAUGAAGAAUGGGGAUACCCACAAUUUACAGUAGAUGAAUAUCUGCAAAGAGAAGUGGUAUUGAAAGAUCUGGAUUAUACACGUGAAAAUUUUCAAAUAUGGGUAUUAGUUCCAGUAAAUGAUACCAAAACAUUACAAGUAAUCGCAUCAUUAAUAUAUUAUGGUAUAGCAACAGUAUUUACACCAAAAAAAUAUCGUAAAAAUGGUUACGCGAGCAAAUUGUUGUGUUUAUUGCAGGAAAAACUCCAAUAUAAAUCCAACAACAACAAUGCACACUUUUCAGUUUUGUAUAGCGAGGUUGGACCAAAAUUUUAUUCUAAACUAGGAUGGAAGCUUUAUCCACAUUCUGAUUUACAUUCUGAUUUAAAAUUACGAGAUCAAUUACCGUCAAAAAUUCCUUCUCAAGUGAAAUUGUUGGAAGACGUGGAUUCACUAAAAUCCAUAAUAGAGUAUGAUUGUGAUUUAGCCUUGAAAGAAUUUAAACAAUUAAGGACAAGUUCGGUUUUAAUCUUACCAAGUUAUCCAUGUUAUGAAUGGUUGUUGAGGAGAAAUGAAUAUCGUACAAAAAUAGAUGGUAAGCAACAAGCAAACAUUAGAGGUGCUGUUGUAGUAAAGAAUAAUAAAGAAGGAAGUGAAGGAGAAGAUAUUUUGGGAUUUAUUAUUUGGUGUCAUGAUUUCGGAGAUAAGGAAUUGUUAGCGUUGAGAUUUCGUAGUGAUGGACCAGCAACAACACGUAUAUUGAUGAAUCAAGCUAAAUUGGAGGCAAAGAAAUUUGAUUUUAAUGGUGUCAUAGUAUGGAAUUUAGAUCCUAAAUUGUUCAAAAGAGAUGAAGGAAAGAUAGUUGAACGAGCGAGUUCACUUCCGCAAUUAGCGUGGCACAAUGCAGACAAUAAAAAUAAUGAAAACUUAAUUUGGUUUUUGAAUGAAAAAUAUAGUUGGUGUUGA